AGUUGCUGGACCUUGGUCUUUACGGCUCAGACUACAGCUGCAGAUGCAUCUGUUGGUCUCAAAUCUGCCUGGCAUUUAUAUAAAGCACCAAGAACCUCUUUGGAUUCUCCAUAUCAGCAGCAGCUUGGGCAGAACGAGACACUUUAAAGGCUUCAGGAACAGACUCCAUGAGAAAGUAAGUGGCUGAUGGUCCACGAAGAUGUUGCUGCCACACCCUGGCCUGGCAACCAGCAGUGACUGCUAAAGCCUCAGUCUCCUGAUGAAGCUUAGAGCAAAUGGACAGCCUGUGAGGAGAUGAACUAGGAGGAUCAGAGACCAGAAGAGGAGACACCCAUGGACAUCACCACCUGGAUGAACAACUACACUGGAAAGUCAGAUUUCGACCUGGUGGGACUCUUCAGUCAAUCCAAACACCCUACCCUGCUUGCUGGGGUCAUAUUUGUGGUUUUCCUGAUGGCCUUGUCUGGGAACGCCCUCCUGAUCCUGCUGAUCCUCUUUGACACACACCUCCACACACCCAUGUACUUUUUCAUCAGCCAGCUGUCCCUCAGGGACAUGAUGUACAUUUCUGUCACUGUGCCCAAGAUGCUCAUGGACCAGAUCCUGGGGAACCACAGGAUCUCAGCUGCUGCCUGUGGGAUGCAGAUGUUCCUCUACCUGACACUUGUGGGGUCAGAAUUUUUCCUUCUAGCUGCCAUGUCUUAUGACCGCUAUGUGGCCAUCUGCCAUCCACUCCGGUAUCCUGUCCUCAUGAACCACAGGGUGUGUCUCCUUCUGUUGUCUGUCUGUUGGCUCCUGGGAUCCUUAGAUGGCUUCAUGCUCACCCCUGUCACCAUGACCUUCCCAUUCUGUGGAUCGCGGGAGAUCCAUCACUUCUUCUGUGAGGUCCCUGCUGUGACAAAGCUCUCCUGUUCAGACACCUGGCUCUAUGAGACCCUCAUGUAUGUGUGCUGUGUGCUCAUGCUUCUCAUCCCCGUGACAGUCAUUUCAGGAUCCUACUCAUCCAUCCUCCUCACUGUUCUCAGGAUGAACUCAGCAGAGGGCAGGAAGAAGGCUCUUGCCACCUGCUCCUCCCACAUGACUGUGGUCAUCCUCUUCUAUGGUGCUGCUGUCUAUACCUACAUGCUCCCUACCUCAUUCCACACCCCUGAGAAGGACAUGGUGGUGUCUGUGUUUUACACCAUACUCACGCCUCUGUUGAACCCACUAAUCUAUAGCCUUAGAAAUAAGAAUGUCACUGAGGCUAUAAAGAAAUUGUUGGGUGAAAACUCCUCUUUCCAGAAACAAUGAAGUAAACAAUUAAGAAUGUAUAUUUCUUUUCCUUUUCUCUACACAUCUGUUUUUCCCAUUCUAUACUGAGGUUAUUCCUCAUCCUUCUUGUUUCAUUUCAUAUUCAUUCCUUUUUGGAGAAUCAUUUGUCGAUUCCUAAAAUUUCUUCAUUAACCUAAUUCCCCAUUCACAAACUCUAUUUGUAUUCUCUCUUUGUUACAUUUUUUGAAGCUAAUAAUGGUUAUUUUAUUUUGUAGUACUAUGCAUUUUCUUAUCACUUCAAAUUUAUGUCAUGAGUAAUAAAUGAUCAUAAUAUGUUCAACUGAUAAA